AAUUGAUUGAGUAAAACAAUAGAAAAGAUGGGCGAAGGCAUAGCUGAGAGGGCGUUGAACAGUUUAGGAAAAGGCUUCGACUUGACCUCAGAUUUCAGGCUGAAAUUCUGCAAAGGCGAUGAACGUUUGGUUCUUCUCAACGAAACAGAGAAACGAGAGCUCACGGUGCCGGGUUUCGGACCCAUCAGGGAUGUCUCCGGUGACAUCAAAUGCGACAAGGGCGAUUGCACCCGCUACCAAUCCGACAUCCUCACCUUCAAUCAAAUGUCAGAGCUCUUCAACCAGAAGAGUGCGAUCCCUGGGAGAAUCCCAUCUGGGUACUUCAACACCGUGUUUGGGUUUGAUGAAAGUUCGUGGGCAACUGAUGCUGCUAACACCAAGUGUUUGGGUAUUGAUGGUUAUUUUAUCAAACUCUUCAGUGUUCAUAUUAAUCGGUACCCACUUGUUCUGUCUCAUCAAGUCCUUGAAGCUGUUCCUUCUUCCUGGGAUCCCCCUGCACUUGCAAGGUGAAAAAUUGGUCAGAUUCAUUGAGAAGUUCGGGACACACAUCCUUGUGGGGCUUAGCAUUGGUGGCAAAGAUUUAGUGUUGGUGAAGCAAGACGUGUCUUCCAGCUUGGAGCCAUCAGAGCUGAAGAGGCACUUGGAUGAGCUUGGAAAUCAAUUAUUCACUGGGACAUGCAGCUUCCUUCCAAGGUCUAAAGACCAAAAAUACAAGGUCCCACAGGCUUUUGAUGUCUUUGGUCCACAAAUCGUUGCCUUCAGUAGCUCUACAUCAGUUUGUGCAAAAGAUGGAAUUAGUGUGAUAUGUGCAAAGAGGGGAGGGGACACCCAAGUGAGCGACCAUAGUGAAUGGCUUCACACAGUUCCAAAGAAACCAGAUGCUGUUGAUUUUAGCUUCAUUCCCAUCACUUCUCUUCUUAAAGGUCUUCCAGGCAAAGGCUUCCUAUCCCAUGCCAUCAACCUCUACCUUCGAUAUAAGCCUCCCAUGUCAGAUUUACCCUACUUUCUUGACUAUCAAGCACACAAGCUUUGGGCUCCUGUUCACAAUGAUCUUCCACUGUGUACAGCCACCAACAGAACCACCUCUUCACCUUCUCUCAGUUUCAACUUGAUAGGUCCCAAGCUUUAUGUAAACACUUCAAAGGUAACAGUUGGUAAAAGGCCAAUCACAGGGAUGCGCUUGUUUCUUGAGGGAAUGAAAUGCAACAGAUUAGCCAUACACGUGCAACAUCUAUUGAACACUCCAAUAAUGCUUAAGGACAAAAUACAGGACACCCCAAUAUGGUCAGAAGAAAUCAGUGAUGACGGUUUCUUUGAAGCAAUCAAUGGGAAGAAAUUUUCCCAUGUAUGUACAGCUCCAGUAAAGUAUGAUCCUAGAUGGAGCUCUGAUAAGGAUGUGGCCUUUAUAGUCACAGGUGCACAACUUCAUGUGAAGAAACAUGAAUCAAGGAGUGUCCUUCAUCUGAGGUUGUUGUUCUCUCAGGUGUCUAAUUGCGUAGUUGUAAAAUCAAGUUGGACACAGGGCUCCUCUGGGUUAUCACAGAGGUCUGGCAUUUUCUCAUUAAUAAGCACUUCAAUUUCAGGUAAAGAUGAGAAAAAACCAGUAGUGGUUUUGGACUCAAGUGUGUUUCCAACAGGACCCCCAGUGCCUGUGCAAACGCAAAAGCUGUUGAAAUUUGUAGACACCUCACAAUUGUGUAAAGGUCCACAAGAUAGUCCUGGCCAUUGGUUGGUCACAGGUGCAAGGUUGGUCUUGGACAAGGGUAAGAUAUGCUUAUGGGCUAAGUUCUCUUUGUUGAAUAUUGGUUCAUGACAUGUCCAAUUGAAAAAUGGAAAAAGCAAGGAAAUUUUUUAUGUUAUAUAUUUCUCCUGUAAAUGAUGACCUGCAUAUAUAUCCUUAAAGUAUGGAUGUGUCCUUGUUUGGUCAAUACUUUUAGCUGAGGUAGUUAUAGGAACAAUGAUUUCUUUCAUUUGUAUUGUAAGUAGCUUCUAACAAAAUAAAUGAAUGAGAGUACAA